UAAGAAACUAACUGUGUUGGUAUAUAUGCGUUAAAAUUAAUUACACAAUGAAAAAUAAUUUUUCAUCACCACGGCAGUUCCGAGCCGUCAUAGUUAAGGAACUUUCCAGUAUCUGCGUCAGAAAGUUUAUUUAUGGUGUCAAAUAUUCCCGAAACACUAGUUUCAACAUCGAGAUGCGCAUUCUUGCCCCCCAUAUCCGUCUUGACCCAGCCAGGAUGCAUCGAUGCUACUAGAAUAUUAUCUUUUUUCAAAUCGACACUCAUCGAUUUCGUGGCUGCAUUCAAAGCUGCCUAAAAACACCUGUAAGGAUAAAAGCCACCUUGAUCAUUUUGUGCAAUAGAUCCGAGAAUCGAGCUCAUGUUAAUGACCGCGGCACGAUGGACUCCCAUUGGUUUCUCAUUAUUAGCUUCCGCAGCUUGUUUCAGAAUGGGCAGUAAAGACUGAAAAGCAUAAUUGGAGCAAUGGUAUUGACGGUUAAAUUGUCCAACAAUUGUUCAGCUUUCACGUAUGGCAAUUUAGUGAACUUUGUCGUAACACCAGCAUUGUUUAUCAAUAGGUUCAGCCCAUGUUCGCCAACUAUUUUACUUAUUUGUGAGGACACUUCAUCGAAACUAGAUGUGUUCUUGACAUCCAAAUUCAAAAUAACCAGGUUUUUAUUUGCUGCAGACAAUGUUUUUAGUUCCUGAAAACAGUCCGGCACGUCGCGAUUAUAUUCUUUGCCGUGUUCUGUUUAGUGAGAUAUUUCACCAUCCCGAGGCCGAGGCCCCUGUUGGCUCCGGUGAUCAAAACCGUCUUCAUUUUGUGAACUGAACUUUAGUAAUAACGCCUUGACAUUUAUUGAAACUUAUCUUUACAACCCUCAAAGGUUCGGUGUGUGUAUUUUCUUGUCUCUGUCACAUUUUCGCACGUAACUUACGUCAAAAUGACAAUCCUAAGUAAUUUUGUAAGGAUAAAUAUUUUAUUAAAACCUUUAAUAAAAUCAGACAGAGUGUUGAUAUUGGCACAACGGACUCUUAGUUCUCAUGGAAAUUUCGACUAUGAUUUGGCGGUUAUUGGUGGUGGUUCGGGUGGUCUUGCUUGUGCGAAGGAGGCCGUGAACCUGGGUGCGAAGGUUGCAGUGUUAGACUAUGUGACACCCUCGCCGCAGGGCACCAAGUGGGGACUUGGUGGCACCUGCGUCAAUGUAGGCUGCAUACCCAAGAAAUUGAUGCACCAGGCAGCACUUUUGGGAGAAAGCAUUCACGAAGCCGUAUCUUACGGCUGGGAAGUACCGAGCCACCAAGAUAUCAAAAUCAACUGGGGAUCACUCACAGAAUCUGUACAGAACCAUAUUAAAUCCGUGAACUGGGUAACGAGGGUUGAUCUUAGAGAUAAGAAAAUUGAAUAUAUCAAUGGAUUGGGAGAGUUUAAGGACGCGCACACGAUUAUAGCGACGAUGAAGAAUGGGUCGAAGAAAGAGCUGACGGCGAAGAACAUAGUGAUAGCAGUGGGCGGGCGGCCACAGUACCCCGCCAUCCCCGGCGCCAUGGAGUACUGCAUCAGCAGCGACGACAUCUUCAGCCUUAGCCACCCGCCCGGCAAGACGCUCGUCGUAGGAGCUGGAUACAUUGGUUUGGAAUGCGCGGGUUUCUUGAACUCGAUGGGCUACCCGGCUACAGUGCUGGUACGCUCGGUGCCACUGCGUGGCUUCGACCAACAGAUGGCGCGCAUGGUCACCAACGAAAUGGAAGAAAGGGGCGUCAAGUUCCAGCAUAAGUGUGUACCUAUAUCCGUUGAGAAACUCGAGUCAGGACAGCUCAAGGCUCGUUGGCUGAACACAGAGCUGCAGGAACAGCACGAGGAUAUCUUUGACACAGUACUGCUCGCAACCGGACGAUACGCUCUCACUAAGUCACUCAACCUGGAUGCCGCCGGAGUAACUUGCAUCACGUCUAACGGUAAAAUAGCAGCGGAGACUGAGCAAACGAACGUGCCUAACAUCUACGCAGUGGGCGAUGUACUGGAGGGCCGACCCGAGCUGACCCCCGUGGCCAUCCACGCGGGCCGUCUGCUGGCGCGCCGCAUGUUCGCGGCCGCCACCCAACAGAUGGACUACGAGAACGUGGCCACCACUGUCUUCACUCCGCUGGAGUACGGCUGCGUUGGACUCAGCGAGGAAACUGCCACUGCCAAAUACGGUGCAGACAACCUGGAAAUAUACCACGCUUACUACAAGCCGACGGAGUUCUUCAUCCCUCAGCGUAACAUCAAGAACUGCUACCUGAAGGCGGUGGCGCUCCGUGAGGCGCCGCAGAAGAUCCUCGGCCUUCACUUCGUGGGGCCAGUCGCCGGAGAAGUCAUACAGGGAUUCGCUGCCGCUAUCAAAUGCGGCAUCACAAUGGAACAGUUGAUGAACACAGUGGGCAUCCACCCGACGGUGGCGGAGGAGUUCACGCGCCUCAACAUCACCAAGCGGUCCGGCAAGGACCCCAACCCCGCGUCCUGCUGCAGCUAGAGAGCUCGACAUCUCGCACCAACACAACAAGAUCACCCUAACUAAUCAUUCUAACUUAUAUUGUUAACAUAUUAGAUGGAGUAAGAAGCAGCAUAUUAUAAAAAAUAUGUACAUAU